GUUUCAAUUUGAGAUCCCGUGAAGGCGAAAAAAUCUCGCGAGAACUGUGACUGUGGCUCGACCUGUGGAGGGGCGGUUAAGCGCAAGGGGGUGUGCGUCUGCGCCCGGAAUUUCGUGAGCGAUCUCGGUCUUGCUAAUGGAUGGCCGGUUUUUGCUUUUUGCGUCAUCCUCUGCCAGAGAAAUGAUCGCUGUCCUCUCUCUAGACACGGUGAGGAACUCUGGAGGAGAAGACUUUCGGUGACUCGGGUUUCGAGGCGGGCUGGAGAGGCCUCUGUGUCUCAGGCGUCCGUCCCUUCUGCCCAGCUUUAAACAGCAGUGGUAAAAGUCAAUUUGCAAACACUGGAUAAGACUUUUGUAAAGGAACAUUGUCCAGCAUGGAUUCUGUACCACAAGAAUUUUUUGUGAGGGAACCUGCUGUGGAGGAACAGAGAAAGGAGGAACUUGAGAAUAAAGUAGAUAAGUCAACUGGUCAAUUGGACAAACAGGAAAAAGACAUACCUUCUGAACUUGUCCCUGUUAACCUACUAGUAGAAGUGAAGAAGCUAUUAAAUGCAAUUAAUAGUCUACCAAAAGGUGUAGUUCCUCAUGUUAAAAAAUUCUUGCAAGACGAUUUUUCCUUCCAAACCAUGCAGCGAGAAGUUGCAGCUAACAGCCAGAAUGGGGAGGAAAUUGUUCCUUCUUUAACUUUACGGUUCUUAAUAACACAACUAGAAACAGCACUUAGGAACAUUCAAGCUACUAAUUACACAGCACGACAGAUUAAUAUUGGCUAUUAUUUGACUUUACUCUUUUUAUAUGGAGUGUCACUCAUUGAAAGAGGAAAGAAAGAGGAUUAUACAGAAGCUGAAAACAAAUUUCUGGUGAUGAAGAUGGUGAUCCAAGAAAAUGAAAUUUGUGAAAACUUUAUGUCUUUAGUUUAUUUUGGACGUGGUUUACUUCGAUGUGCUCAGAAGCGAUAUAAUGGAGGACUGCUAGAAUUUCAUAAAAGCUUACAAGAAAUAGGAGAUACAAAUGACCAUUGGUUUGACAUAGAUCCUACAGAAGAUGAAGAUUUACCUACGUCUUUUAAAGAUCUUCUUAAUAAUUUUAUCAAGACAACUGAAAGUAAUAUAAUGAAGCAUACCAUUUGUAGUUAUCUAGACUGUGAGCGAUCCUGUGAAGCUGACAUUUUAAAGAACACCAAUUAUAAGGGUUUUUUUCAGUUAAUGUGCAGUAAAAGUUGUUGUGUUUAUUUUCAUAAGAUUUGUUGGAAAAAGUUCAAGAAUUUAAAAUAUCCCGGAGAAAAUGAUCAGAGUUUUAGUGGGAAAAAAUGUUUGAAGGAAGGAUGUACAGGUGACAUGGUAAGGAUGCUGCUGUGUGAUGUGCCUGGAAUUGUUAAAAUUUUGUUUGAAGUUGUAAGAAAGGAUGAAUAUAUAACCAUCGAAAAUUUGGGAGCAAGCUAUAAAAAGUUGAUGUCUCUGAAAAUAGCUGAUACUGAUAUAAGACCGAAGAUAAGCUUAAAAUUUAAUACAAAAGAUGAAAUGCCAAUCUUCAAACUUGAUUAUAAUUAUUUCUACCAUCUGCUUCAUAUAAUUAUUAUUUCUGGUACUGACAUUGUCCGGAAAAUAUUUGAUGAGGCUAUGCCACCCCCUCUAUUGAAAAAAGAGCUGCUUAUACACAAGAAUGUACUGGAAUCCUACUACAACCAUCUUUGGACCAAUCACCCUUUGGGUGGAUCAUGGCAUCUACUUUAUCCCCCAAACAAGGAGCUACCACAGUCCAAACAAUUUGACUUAUGCCUCCUAUUAGCUCUCAUAAAACAUUUGAAUGUAUUCCCUGCACCCAAAAAAGGCUGGAAUAUGGAACCAUCAUCUUCUGAUCUCUCUAAGUCUGCAGACAUCCUGCGGCUGUGCAAAUACAGGGAUAUCCUCCUUAGUGAGAUUUUGAUGAAUGGUCUCACUGAGUCGCAGUUCAAUUCAAUUUGGAAAAAAGUUUCAGAUAUUCUUCUACGCCUUGGCAUGAAGCAAGAGGAUAUUGACAAAGUGAAAGAGAAUCCCAUUGAGAAUAUCUCACUUGAUUACCAUCAGCUAUCCAUCUACCUGGGCAUACCAGUACCAGAAAUCAUCCAGAGGAUGUUAUCCUGCUAUCAACAAGGAAUUGCUCUACAAUCAAUAACAGGCAGUCAACGUAUUGAAAUAGAAGAGUUGCAGAAUGAGGAAGAAGAACUAAGUCCACCUCUUAUGGAAUACAAUAUAAAUGUGAAAUCACAGCCUGAAAUACAGUUAGCAGAAAUAAAUAAAGAUGGGGCCUCAAUACCUAGUGAAUCAUCAACAGAAUCCAUUAAAGAUCUUCAGGAAGUUAAGAGUAAACCAAAGAAAAAGAAAAAGACUAAGAAUAAAAAGAAUAAGGAAUCAAAAGAAGAGCAAGUUUCAUAUAUGAUAGAAAAGGAAGAGCAGUUGAAGGAAGAACAAGAAAAUCCACACCCAGUCAGUAGAUUCAUAAAAGAUGAUGGAAGUGAUGUUCAAGAAGAUUCUGCAACUGAAGAAAAGUUCUAUAGCCUGGAUGAAUUGCAUAUUCUGGACAUGAUAGAGCAGGGCUCAACUGGCAAGGUAUCUGCAGACUAUGGAGAAACUGAAAAAGAAAGGCUUGCUCGUCAACAUCAGCUUUACAAAUUGCAUUAUCAAUGUGAGGAUUACAAAAGACAGUUGAAAACAGUAACUUUUCGGUGGCAAGAAAACCAAAUACAGAUUAAAAAGAAAGACAAAAUCAUUGCAUCUCUUAACCAACAAGUGGCCUUUGGAAUCAAUAAAGUUUCCAAAUUACAGCGUCAAAUCCACGCUAAAGAUAAUGAAAUCAAGAACCUUAAAGAGCAACUUUCCUUAAAAAGAUCUCAGUGGGAAAUUGAGAAACAUAAUCUGGAAAGCACAAUGAAAACAUACUUAAACAAACUGAAUGCAGAAACUAGCAGAGCUUUAACAGCUGAGGUGUAUUUCUUACAGUGUCGAAGAGAUUUUGGUUUGCUUCAUUUAGAGCAAACUGAAAAGGAGAGUCUCAGUCAGCUUGCCAGGGUAACUCACAUGGCAGCGAGCAACCUGGAAUCACUUCAAUUAAAGGCUGCGGUAGAUAGUUGGAAUGCCAUUGUAGCAGAUGUUAGAAACAAGAUUGCGUUCCUUAGGACACAGUAUAAUGAACAAAUCAACAAAGUAAAGCAAGGGUUUGCGCUGAGUACUUUGCCUCCAGUCCAGCUUCCUCCACCACCACCCAGUCCUGAGAUUCUGAUGCAGCAAUUCUUAGGAAGACCCCUUGUGAAAGACUCUUUCUUUAGACCCAUACUUACUGUUCCUCAAAUGCCUGCUGUUUGCCCUGGAGUUAUCUCAGCAGCAGCCCCACCUAGAGCUCCUCUGAUGACUGGCAUAGCCUGGACUAUGCCAGCACCUGUGGGAGAAAGUGUGCCUCCUGGUGCAAGUCUGGGAAGUGAUCCUUCUUCCAUGAUGAACUGGGAGAGGCUUACAGACAGACUGAAAACUGCCUUUCCACAACAGACCAGAAAAGACCUUGCAGAUUUCUUAAGAAAAUUGAAGGAUGCUCAUGGGAAGUCCUUAUCUGGAUUAACAUUUGAUGAAAUUGUUUACAAGAUUUCCCAGUUUAUUGACCCAAAAAGAUCUCAGAGUCAAGGAAAAUCAGUGCCAAAUGGUAACUGUGUUUCACCUAGCCAUUCUCCAUCACAAUCUAACACUGCCCAGCCCCCAAAAGCAGCCUGGAGGCCUCUUAGUUCACAAGAUUCUGCCACAUGGGAAGGAGCCAAUAACUUGGAGGCAGAGGAGGAGGAAGAGGAACCUUGUGUGAUCUGUCAUGAGAAUCUGUCUCCAGAAAACCUUUCAGUUUUGCCUUGUGCUCACAAAUUUCACUCUCAGUGCAUUAGACCAUGGUUGAUGCAACAGGGAACAUGCCCAACCUGCAGACUCCAUGUUUUGCUACCAGAAGAAUUCCCUGGUCAUCCCAGCCGUCAGUUGCCCAAGAUCUGAUAUAAGGCAGGUGACUAUGCAAAGGAAACUCAGUUUUAUGAUUCCAGAAUUUAGUUCCGCCUUUUAUCAUGGACUUGUGUGAGUGUUGUGAAACAAUAUGUUCUUCCUUAUUAUACUAAAGAAAUUAGCAUCAAAGUGGCAGCCAAAGAGGACAGGACAAGUCUUCAGGACUUAUGGACUGAACUGAGGGGGUUAAAGAAGAUAAAAUUUUAAUGGUUACAUUAUAUUUGCUCUUAUCAUAAUAAGCUUUUUUUUCCAGUGUGAACAUAAUAACAGUAUAUUUCUUUUUGACUUUCUCUCUUCUUUUUCUACUCACCACUUACUUUUCCUUAAGUAAAUUACAUCUUAAUUUCAUGAAAUAAUUAUAAAAAUGCAGAGAAAAGGAGAAGUAGGGAUAUUCUAGAUUUUAUUAUUCCUUUUAAUUUUUAAAACCAGCUACAGUGAAUAUAAUUAUUUCACUUUGAUCUCUGUCUUCCCGCUUUUUUUGUAUCAUUUAAAAUAUGUAAUCUGAAGAGAUUAUGAACUUUUUGAAGAGACCAGACAGUGUGUUGGAGAUGGAUUAUAAUAGCUUGUGAGAGAUGAUUGUUAAAGUUUCAGAACUUUCUGAGCCACUUGUCAAAUUGUUGGUAUUUUAUGGUUUACCACAGUGGGAGUACGUAUUUAUACUAUAGAAACCUAUACAUGAUAUAAACUAAAGACUUGGCUUUGCCCUCAUAAGUUGGUUGUUCAACAUUUACCAGCACACAGCUACACUACUUGGCCAUGUCUGAUCCUUCUUAGUGUUUCCCAGUGUCUUACACAGUAGAAGCAGAAAAAAAUAUUCUCAAAAUCAGAAAUCAGGAAGGAGUAAAAAAAAAAAAAUUAAAAAAAAAAAUGGGAGGGAGGAGUUAAAAUGCCUAUUAUGUUACUUUCUCAGUUGAUAAUUAAGAUGUUAUAUUCUUUGUAAAUAUGCUCUUUGGAACUUAAUCCUUUGCAUUUUGGGGGAGUUUUGUUUUCCAUUUUUAGAAGUAUGUAACUUCACUUUCUUGUGCAAGGGGUAGGGGUGAGGUUUUGUAUGUAGUUGCUGCUUGUGACAGAGUAAUAGCCACUGGAACUAAGUUGUAUAUCUAAAGUUUGUCACUGAGAACUUUCAUUCUUAGAAGUUUAAAAUAUAUUUUGAAAAUAGUAUUCUGUAAAUGUUGUAAGUGCUGUACAUGUGUUUAGUUUUAAAAUUAAAAGAAUGUGGAAGUACCUUGUGAAACAAAUGUUCCUUGGUUCAAAUUCAGUCUCAAUUUCUUUAUUUGGGAAAGAAUAAAUGUUUCCUGACUUAGCACUAUUUUAUCUAUAUUUUUCAGUGUAAAUGUAUUUUGAAGUUUCUUUAAAUCUCUAUUUAAAACCUCUAUUUCUGUAAUUAUAUGCUGAAUAUUUUCUUUCAUGUGAACAGACUGGAAAAUGUGAGGAGAACCAUCCAAAAAAGAUGGCCAUCAUCUAGACAUGUAAAAUGCCAAGAAUGUCUCAGAAUUGUAGAGUUCAGAACUUUAGUCAUCAUCUUGUCUACCAACUUCAGUGUCAUGGUCAUUUAGCAAGAUGCCUUUUCGAAUAAAUAUUUCUUAGUUCAAAUUUACAACUGCAAUUUCAUUUUCAUGUGAAAAUUAAU